CUGGUCAUCAUAUCUGUAAACGCAAACUUGGAUCAAAGACGCGAUCUCUACACUGUCCGAGUGACGACCGAAGCGAAAGAUGAUUGCAAUUUGGUUGGGAAAAGGAACAAGUGACGUAAAGGUCGCUGCUUUUUUACUCGAAGGAAAUGCCCACAAAGUGCUCGACGAAAUUCCCCGUUGCUUUUUCCCACGAGUGAACCAGAGAGAGAAUUUGGGUUUCUUGCUGCGGAAGAAACGUUGCUUCAGUUUGCCCGGUUAUUGGAUUUGUCACGUGACCCUCACGUGGCAAAUCCAACUGCCUCUGAAGCGAAUAGACCCCUUUUCUCAAGAAGGCUCAUCAUUUUCUUGAACUCUCCCCAUUUUCUUGGAAAAGUUCAGAGAAAAUUAUCGACACCCAGAUAGAAGUUAGAGGAACCCACCAUUUUCCCGAGAGAAUUCUGGCGGAUUUUCGCGAAUUUUCAACAGGAAACUUCACUUCCUCUCUCAGUGCAAUGAUGGAACAAUCGGAGGUAGAGAAGGCUAUCCAAAAGGCUUACGAGUGUGCCACAGAUGCCGCCAGCAAAGGAGACCUCGUGAAGGCAUUGGAGAUAGCCGAGUUUUCGAUUUCGGUUCACGGUAAGGACAACGCCUGUUGCCUACUACACGUUAUACAAGGCGAUGUCUUCCGUAAGCUUGCUUCCCUCACAAAGAACUCCGACUUUAGGUGCACAUACUUGUUGGGUUGCGUGGAGUGCUAUUCCAGAUCCGCUCCUCUGUUUUCGUGUUCUCUCACGUGGAAUAGUUUCUUUACUUUUGCACUGUUUGAUUUGGGUAAACAGCUUUCCUCGAACGUGUAUUACUCGAAAGCUAUACACAGAGCAAGACAGGGCUUAUCCCUGCAAAACCCUGUUGAAAUGCUUGAUCCUCAAAGAUUCCCGGAGGUAUCUAUCGAUGGUGAGAGGAAAGUGCUUGAGGAAUUGAUUGCAGUUGCAGAAGCAGAGAUGAAUUCUGGUGCCAAAAAGAAUGUUUUGGAUUCCAAUGGGGAGAACGAGGCGAUUCCUAUGUCAGAUGAGGAGCUGCAAAAAGGAGCAGAGAAGGGGGAGGAAGAGAGGGAAACCAUUGAUGCUAAAAGAUUGAGGUCUUUUUGGGAAAGAAUGAGUGUUCAAAACAAAACGGAUUUUCUGAUGGCGGACAUCAGGAAGCUUAAAUGCUUCGUGGAGAAAAAAUAUGGCGGCGAGAUGAGAAAAAUUCUGGAGAGAAUUCUUGAUUUCCGCCGUACAAAAGGAACUUGGAGCUUCUGGAAGUGUAACUUAUGUUCCGAAGAAUAUCUUGGUUCCGUAGAGUGGAAAAGGCAUAUAGAAGAUAAACAUGCAGUGAAAUCUAAACCUCUGAAGGAUCUUAUUCCCGAGAUAGAUGAAAGUGCAUCUGAAAUGAUAUCCUCUAUGAUUUGGGCGCCAGUCGAUACAGUAAAGGCAACAGAUAUGAUAAGAAAUCGGACUGUAUCGGGGAAAGGGUUUCAUUACAACAAAGGAUGGUGCAGAGAUUGGCCUUUAGUAGCUGAUGUAGACCGAGAACUCGUCAUAAAGGAGAUUGGUCAGAUCGUUAUAUCUGUCGCAGAAGAUAAGAUUCUUUCAUCAAGUCUUUGGAACUGGUUGAAAGAGUUCAUACAUGAGAAUAUCGAACUUGAUGGAAUUCACAGAUGCUGUCUGAUUGACUGUGGCUUGGUAAAUACACCUCAAUGCCUCUGUUUCUUAAGACAUGAUCAACUUCAGAACAUCCUAGGAUAUUUAAGACUCAUCACUACGGAUCUCAGCGUUGGCGUGGUUUCCAGGGCAGCCAACCUUUCCUGGGAAAUUUCUCAAGUAAAGGACAAUAUCCACAUUGACGAGAAAUUUCUGGGAUUACUAGUGAGAAGCUAUGUUGAUCAAUUUGAUGAUGAAGGGAAAGUAAAGGACACCUCAGUACUUCGUCAUCAUUAUGAAUAUAUGAUACGUUGGGGAGAUGAGAUCGUAUCCUGGUUGCUCAGCUGUCCACCAGACAACAGUGUAUUUGCAUUUCAAAAUCAUAAUUUUGAUACAUGGUUGGCGGUUUUACGAAUUGUAGAGUGCAAGUGCAGGAAACUGGAAACUGCAUACAAAAGGAAACUGAGUAUGCAACCUUAUUCUAAAGGGUUGGUAGAAGUCGAGAAAUUAUGCGACGAGAAAAAAAAUCUGCCCAAGACAUCGCGUCUUUACUUGACCUCAUAUGCGGAUUUCCUUAUUCUGAAAUGCCUAGAGCGUGUCGGGAAAGAUGUUCGCAGGUCCGAUGAUACCAAAGGUUUCUUAUCUGUUGUGAGAGAUGUUCUUGAAGAACAAAGGACCCCGAGAUUUGAAGUCUUAAGAGUUAGAGAGUAUAUGAAAUGCAUAUAUGAACAACGAGGUAUUGAUGAUGAUUCCGUACUCGAAACCUUCUCAAUGCUGAAGACACAAUUUAGUGACAAGAUCCGUUUGUUGGAUACAAAGAUUUUGCUGAAUGAAAACUCGAGGAUCCAGCUGAUUAAUGGCCUUCAAAAGCUAUCCUUUGAGGACUACCGUUUGCUUCUCCUCCCAUGGUUGAAUAGUUUUCUGAGGGAAAAAUUGGAAAAAAUGGUAGAAAUGGAUGACAAAGAGAGGUAGGCCAGUUGCUGCAGGAGCAAUGGAACAAGGUUUUUUGUACAUGAAAUCCCCUUCUUAAUACUCUGUUGAAAGACUUGUCAUUUCUUCAGCAAGAUUCUUCUCCGUUUUACUGCUAUUGCUAUUCUUGAACGUCUUAGAACUCCGGCAAGAACUUGUUUCUUCCCAAAUCAAUACAACAAAA